GUGGCUCGUCGAGUAGGUCCUUGAGUCAAUCCCUCAAGGAUGUUAGUAUUAGCGGAAUGUCAAACUGUUUGGUUUCACCAAGGCGGAAGACUUUUACCGUCUGCAUCUUUGUUCUCAUAAAUGUAUUAAACUAUAUGGAUAGAUUUACAAUUGCAGGAGUUCCUGAGAAUGUAAAAAGCUACUACAAAAUUAACGAUUCAGAGCUGGGCCAGCUGCAAACUAUGUUUUAUGUAUUCUACACGGUUCUCAGUCCUGUUGCUGGUUACCUAGGAGAUCGUUGGAAAAGAAAACGUAUUAUGCAAAUCGGUCUUACAUUUUGGGUGCUCGUUACUUUUGGGAGUUCGUUUGUUCCUGCCCAUCGAUUCAGUUUGUUCUUAGCUACUCGCUGUUUCGUCGGGGUUGGCGAAGCCAGCUACUCGACCUUAGCUCCAACAAUUCUAUCUGAUUUAUUUGCAGGAAAUGCAAGGACAAAAGUUUUAGGACUCUUCUACUUUGCAGCACCUGUUGGGAGCGGUUUAGGCUUCAUAUUUGGUUCAGAAAUAACUCGGUUCACAGGAUCUUGGCAAUGGUCUUUACGAAUUACACCAAUUUUAGGCGUCUUUUGUAUAAUUCUACUGAGUGUUUUACAUUCAGAUCCACCUCGUGGUGAGGCAGAAGGAGGUUUACACAUGCGCACCACUUCAUGGUUGUUAGAUAUGAAAUCGCUACUAUCUAACCCAGCUUUUAUGUUUAUUUGCUGUGGAUAUACAUGUGUCUGUUUUGUUUUGGGUUCACUUUCUUGGUUUGCUAUUGAUCUAAUACAGUCAGCAUUAAAUGCAGUAAACGAUGAUCCUUUUGCCUGGAAGAAUUACAACAUUCCUCUUGUUUUUGGAAUUGCAACAUGUUUUGCGGGUAUUUUCGGAGUCUUAUCUGGUGCAGAACUAGGUCGUUAUUUACGUCGAUGGAUUCCUGCAGCAGAUGCUUAUGUUUGUUCUACAAGUCUAUUUCUAUGUGCUCCAUUCUUAUUUUUUGCUCUAAUUUCUCCAUCCUGGAAUUUCUAUGCAUGCAUUAUUCUUGUUUUCAUUGUGGAAUUUCUUUUAUGUAUCACAUGGGCUCUUGUAGCGGAUAUGACUAUGGGAGUAGUUAUACCGACUCGCCGUUCUACAGCAUCUGCACUUCAAAUGGUUAUGAGUCAUGCAUUAGGAGAUGCUAUCAGUCCGGCUAUUGUUGGUCGGAUUGCAGUAGCUUUAACUGAUUUACAUUCAUUAGAAACACAAUAUUUAGGCUUACAACGAGCAUUAUUUCUUACAGCGUUUGUUUGUGCUCUUGGAGGUUUCUUAUUUCUUAUGGUGACUUUAUUUUUGAUUCAAGCUAAAAAUGAUGUUCAUAAAGCUAUUGAAGAGUGUUCACCGAGAUCUAUUCCUUAUAAUGGUAAACAGGAAUCAUUGGACAAAUGUUCUAUCUCAAUAUGAAUAAGUAUUCUCGUUCAUUGGUCUCUGCAAUCCCUCCACAACCUUGAGACCUUUAAAUCGCGAGUGCUUUUUUUUUCUAACCACCGAAGUUAGCCAUCUAGUGGUUUAGCUCAAAAAAAUAUAAUUGAUUGUACAACUGUCACUUAUUCUUAAUGAUGAUAUUAUUUUCAAAUCUAGACAUAGUAGACAGAGUAGUAUAUCAACAAUCUAUUUCUCUCUGAUAUUACUUCUCAACUUGAUUAUACUACUUAUUAAGGCUAAACAAUACUACUACCACCACUACUACUACUCUAUACUGUGUUUAAUGAUAAAAAAAAUUUUUUCUUAAGAAAACCAUUGAAGCCUUAAUGUUUCAAUUAAAUUUUAUAAUCCUAAGUAAUAAAUAGGAUUCACUCAUGGACAGAUUUUUUUUAAAAAAAAAACAUUCUGUUUUAACUCUUAUAU